CCGUAAAAUAAUUACAAAAGAACUAAAAAUUUCUUUUCAAUUAAAGGCGACUUUACCUGCUGGCCAUAUCAGGCUUUUAAAGCAUUCUGAUCAAUGUAAAAGAUUUCACUGUCGAGUCAUGCCGAUCGCCUACUUUAUUGAUGAUACACUGUCGAGAGUUCGAAUCACAAGUAGCUAUAGAAACAACAGUUUAGGAGAAAGACACCAGUAGCAGCGGCAAAAUCUUCGCCAGGAGCUAAUUAUAGAUGUCUCAGCUUGUGAGUAGUAAUCAAAGCUGAUAGAUAUCUAUGGCAGAGAGCAAUUUGUGUCUGGAUGGUGAUUUAGAAAAUCAAUCCUCUUCAAGGCCUAUGAUAGAUGAUGGUGCGAUUGACAGUAGGAGUGACAAAGAAACUACUUUCAGUUUGAACAAACAAUGCUCAAGUCAAAGUGUGUCUGCAGGAGACAUGUCUAAUAAUGUGAAUCUACAGCUCACCUGUUUUACUGAGGAGGCUCAUGAUGCUACCCUAAAUUUUCAGAUAAUAAGCCUUUCUAAACAGAUAUAUAUUUGGAUUGGCUGUAAUUCAGCAAAGCUUGGUCAUCUAUAUGCAGGUGCACCUACUCGACCUAAUAAUACAGUAAGCGUAACAUCUUUACUAGGAGGAGGUGCAGAUAGCACAGGAGCAGGCAUUGCUCGCAGGCUUGUACUGAGGACAGGACUAAAUAUCAUACUAGCGUGCAAUAUUCCAAAGGGCAGUCCAAUGCUUGAGGCACAUGCAGAAAGAAUACUUAUUCAGAAGUUAAAUAGUCUGGGCUAUUCAAAGGAGGAAUGUAAGAGGCGUUCUCCUGUCAGUGUUGUCUAAAAAAGGUUAUGCCUUGCUAUGCAAUUGCAUUUGACAAGUUGCAUUUUUCUAAAGAUACUUUGUUGAUCUUUUCUUUAGUCUAUUUGUAUUUAAGAAUCAUAUAGGGAUGAUAAGUCAUCCACUUCAUUUUAAUGUUCAAACAACAAUGUUUGGCAGCCUUGGUAGAUAGGCGUGCAAGAGUGCCAGGUUAGUUACAUUCAGUGCAUUUUUAAGGUUUAAUUUUAUUUGGAUAAAGCAACUGUAAUUUUUAUCAGAUGGUUAGUUUAAGGAUAAACAGAAGAGGCUUUCUCCUUUCAACGUUAUCCAGAAUGGUUAUGUAUGGUUGUUAUAUAUGUUACCCAUUUUAAAGAAA